AUGUCUGACAACAAAUCUGAGCAACCCAACGACCAGCCCAGACGCGCUGGGGACUGGUUUAUUCACGUUGGAGAGGAGCAGGGUGAGCUCGAGUCAGUAACAAGCUCCGCACUAAGACAUGUCCUAAACUCUGCAGCCGCUCUGGGCCAGGAGCACAGAAUGCCGCUGGAAUACAAAGCCCGGGAGCAGAAAGCUGGAAACAACAAUUUUCCAUUCUCUUCUCAUGACAACAGACAUGACAUAUGCAAUGCAGCAGAGUAUUUUGACUUGGGCAUGGGCCUGAGGAAGUUGGAUCCAGAGAAGCAGAGAAAGAACACCCAUAACAUAUUCGAGUGGGUUCCUGAAACAGACCAAAGCGGCAAAGAUGACUUCUUAACCGUUUACCGGACUUCAUUUAAGGGCGAACAGAUUCCUGCAGAUAACGCCGGGAGCUGUGGCUGCAGGCGCUACCCGAAACACCACACCCACCCCUGCGACAAACCUGCUCCUGAGGAUGAAAAAGCCCUGCAGCCAUACAAGUCACCUURAUUAACAAAACAUCUCUGGACCCGGCAAACCUGA